AUGGAGGGUCGAGUACUUGCAAUGAUCUUUUUGUUCAUGAUCAUUCUGGUUGCUUCACCCUCACCAAGUUCAUGUGCUAGACUUACAGGUUUUCCCACAACAAAUACUUUAAGAGAUGAUGACGAAUUCAUUGGUUAUUAUAGUGAUCAAGGUGCUGAUAAAACAUCAAAUUCAUUCAAAGAAGAAUAUGGGGUUGUUGUUGCAACUACAUCCGACAAGUAUUAUCAUGCUCUUCCCAAUCGCCAAACCGAUGAUGACUUACAAGCAUUCCCAGAAGAAGCAUGGAGAUCACCUGCAACAAGCACAUUCAAUGUGAUGAAUUAUGGUGCUGUUGGGAAUGGCGAAGUUGAUGAUACGCAAGCCUUUCUGAAAGCAUGGGGAGAUGUUUGUGGAUCCACUCAAGGCAUCCCUACCCUUAUCAUACCAAAGGGCAAAGAUUUCUUGCUCAAUUCUGUGAAGUUUCAAGGGCCUUGCAGGGCUGCAAGUGUAAAUUUUCAGCUAAAUGGGAGCAUUGUCGCGAAAAAGGAUAUGACUGCUUGGAGAGACAAGGACAAAUGGGUUCAGUUUGACAAUGUUCAAGGUCUGAUAAUCAAUGGAGGAGGUCAAAUUGAUGGUCAAGGUCUGGUUUGGUGGAGAGCUUGCAGCACUACAAAUUGCAAACGACCAACUGCUCUCCAUAUUAACGACUGUCAUGGUCUCCGGUUGAGUGAUAUUACGCAUAUUGAUAGUGCGAGGAACCAUAUCAGCAUCAGCGGCUGCAAUGAUGUCGAAGUUUCUGGUAUCCUUAUUAGGGCUCCAGCAGAUAGUCCAAACACUGAUGGAAUUGACAUCUCUACAUCAACCAAUAUCAACAUUCGAGAUUCUUCUAUAGGCACUGGUGACGACUGUAUUGCAAUCAAUUCUGGUACAUCUCAUGUCAACGUUACUGGUGUUUUGUGCGGUCCAGGCCAUGGUAUAAGUAUCGGAAGUCUUGGUGAGCAUGGUUCGUAUAGCAUGGUGGAAGAUGUGCAAGUGAGAAAGUGCACCUUCAAUGGCACAACAAAUGGAGCAAGAAUCAAGACAUGGAAAGGCGGAUCAGGGUAUGCUAGGGACAUCAUUUUUGAGAAUAUCACAAUUCAAGCAAUCAAGAACCCUAUCAUUAUAGACCAGGAGUAUUCUGAUGUUCUCUAUACUGGAUUUGGAACCCUGCAUGACCAAGGAAGCGCUGUACAAGUGAGCGACGUGACGUUCCGUGACUUUCAGGGAUCUGUUUCUGGGGAUGUAGCCAUUACUUUGGACUGCGACAAUCGAGUAGGCUGCAAAAACAUUGUAAUGGAUCACAUCGACUUAACUUCGUCCGUUCAUGGCAAGAAGGUUGCUGCCUACUGCAAGAACGUCCGAGGAUUACGUACUUCAUUAUCUCCUAGUGUGACAUGCGAUUAA